GCUUGUAGUGUAGGUAGAUGACAGCUAUAAACAAGCGCCGCCAGGGCUCGUGCAGUUUGAGCGAAGCGAAACGGUGGUUGACAACAGCGGUUAAAGGGUGACAGAAAGAGCACAACAAAAGCUACACCGCACAGCUAGAUGGUGAGAGGUAAAGCUUUGGCCCACUGUGGGCUAGUUCUGCUGAGUUUGUGGCUGUGUAUCCAGUCGGUGCCUAUUAACGUGGACAAGACAAGUGAAAAGGCUCAAAAGGAGGACCUGGACCCACCUGAGAGCACUGACACUGGGCUACACUACGACCGCUACCUCAGAGAAGUCAUCGAGUUCCUAGAGAAAGACCCCCACUUUAAAGAGAAACUCAAAAAUGCCAACAUGGAGGACAUCAAGAGUGGGAAACUCUCCAAAGAGUUGAACUUUGUCCAUCACAAUUUUCGGACCAAGCUGGACGAGCUGAAGAGGGAGGAGAUGAACAGGCUGCGGAUGCUCAUCAAAGCCAAGCAUGAUAUCCAGGGGGGGAAUGGAUGGAAAGUGGACCACCAGGCCCUGCUGAAGCAGUUUGAGCACCUCAACCACAUGAACCCAAACACGUUUGAGGUGGAGGACUUGGAUCGCCUCAUUAAAUCGGCGACCAAAGACCUAGAGAGCUACGACAAGGACCGACAUGACGAGUUCAAGAGGUACGAGAUGAUGAAGGAGCACGAGAGGAGGGAACGUCUGAAGAACAUGAACGAGGAGGAACGAAAGAAGGAGGAGCAGCACUACGAGGAGUUGAGGAAGAAACACGCCGAUCAUCCUAAAGUUCACCACCCUGGCAGUGAGUCCCAGCUGAAGGAGGUGUGGCAGGAGACCGAUGGUAUGGACCCAGAAGACUUUGAUCCUAAGACCUUCUUCAAAAUGCACGACAGUAAUGGAGACGGCUUCUUGGAUGAGAGAGAGCUUGAAGCUCUCUUUACUAAAGAGCUGGAGAAGGUGUACAACCCUGAAAACGAAGAAGACGACAUGGUUGAGAUGGAAGAAGAGAGGCUGCGAAUGAGAGAGCAUGUGAUGAACGAGGUGGACAGCAAUAAAGACAGACUGGUGUCAUUGGAUGAGUUCAUAGAGGCUACAAAAAAGGAGGACUUCCAAGAAAAAGAAGAAUGGGAGACGUUAGAUCAGAACCCUUUGUACACUGAGGAGGAGCUGAAAGAGUUUGAGAAGCAUUUGGCCAACGAGAAGGAUGCCAUCAACAAGAAGACAGCCGAGCUGCUGAGACAGAGGGAGGAGCUGGAGAGGAAACAGGAGGAACUUAAUGCUCAGAAGGAGGGUCUACAGCAGGCAGUAGAAGAGAUGGAACGGAUAAAAGCCCAAAAAUCAGAAGGCAAACAGGGUGGAGCUCCUGCUGCUGAAGGUGAACGUUCCCCUGUUGUUCCAGGAAACAGCAAACCUGUGCAGGAUGUCCCGGUGCCAGGCCACUCUUAGCAGGGUUCAUUCAUACUGUGUGCUGUGUGAAUGUAUGUGGGUUUGCCUUGUAGUGAUUUCAAACUAAUUUUUACUCAUUUUUAUAACACCACUAAACAUAAAUAUCCAUUAAUAUCAUAAGAAGUGAUUUCAGGCGUCAGAUUCAAUGCUAGCCAUUACAUUUAAUUUGGCUGCAGAAAUCAGACCUGAAAUGUGGAGCAAGUCCAGUUUUUCUUGUGGACAAUCAGCCCUUUUGUUUUUAGUCAGUUUGAUCUUUUAUCCCACCAGGGAUUUUGCUAUGAAUAAGCCGUACUCUGUAGUGAAAUGUCAAAGGCUUUUGGCCUGGAAAUUGAUUAUUUUUUUUGGUAGACACACUGCAGUUCACUGCCACUGCCUCUUAGAGGAAACACUUUUAACUUAUUUAUUUUGACUUUUAAAGAAAGCUGGAAUUCAGUUGAAAUGGAGAACAUACCUGUAGUGUUUAUGUAGUGCUGCUGCUUAAUGAGUGCAAUGAUCCAAUGUACAUUUCAGACUUAUCUCUUUAAAUGUAUUAAUAUGUGAAACGUAACACAGCAAACUUUGGGGGUCUAUAAUGUAAUUUAAAAACUUGAGUUGAACCAUGUUUGUUUUCACAUUUAUUUAUUUCAAGCAUAAAGCCCAGUUCAGACCAAAGAUUUGUGACAAGAUGAGUUAUAACUCGCAACUUCUUGCAACCGUCCGCUCUGCAACCUUCUGAAAACCUACCAGGUCACACCCCUGCAGCUGGGACAGAUGAUGCAUCGGUUCAAUAGAAAUGACUCAAAGUCACUCAACUUUAAGUGACAUAUUUCUUAAGCUACCUUGUAAUAAAGCUGUCUCUACAAGACAGACAGUUCUGUACAUGCAGUCAUUGCUAGUGCAGUCUUAGGGAUGGAGAUCGAAUACCAAAUAUGCAAAACAUGGUUCUGUAUUUUCAAAAACUGAAAAAUCAAGUGUUUUAGCUUAAUGUUACUGCUAUUAGGUCUCUCAGAGUUUGUGACGCAAGGUCAUUUUAUCAUGUCACUGGUGCAAAAAUAUACAGUGCUUAACAAAUUUAUUAGACCACCUGUUAUAUUGGUCUCAAAGACCAUCCAGCAUCAUGAAAUGCUUUAAUGCAGACUCUUUCAUUUUCAGUGAGCUCUCCACGUUU